ACCAAAACAUAUCAUAGGAUGAUAUUCUUAGCUCUUUGCACCUUCAACAUGUUUCUAGAGAACCUCGCGAUGUACAAUGUCCCAAAGUCCACGGAGGCUAUAAUCGAUGGUGGCCAUGAAAUGAAAGGACUGACUCUAGCGCCUCACGAGUUGAUUACACCUUCAGAAGGACCCAGGAUGGAGAGAUACCAGGGCCUCCACAAACCUCAAGAGAAAGGGGUUUCAUCUUUCAAAUUAGAAAGAAGCCACCAAGAAAAGAAAUUGUCGGAUUUAAAAGAAAAUGAACUCAAGUUGGUUUUCUUCCCCGGUAAACACGGAGAGGAGCACAUCAGACGGUUGAAGGGAUUAAAGACGAACCUGGACGGAAUCGAUUCCGCAAACCUUCACGCUUGGGAUUUUCUUCAUCCGACCGGACCCGAACGCAAGCUGUGGGCAGAAGAGCAAACCCGGUUAGAUAUCAUGAGAGGCUCGUUAGCAAACAUCUUGGAAAGAAAAAAAGUAGACCCCAAGCCGUAUCAAUGGGUCAAAGAAUUGAGGGAUACACUUGAACCCGAGCAAAAAUCGAUUUUGGAAAACCUCUGGAAGUUAGCGAAGGAAGACAACAAAUUCAAGAGAAAUAACCAGGGUUUUCUGGCUUUCUUUCACUCCAUCUGGGAGCGCUUUUUCAAACGUCCGAAUUGGCAAAAGCGUCAACUGAGGUUGUCAUUACACAAGAUCCGGGUUCAGCUUCGAAAUAGAGAAGUAACAGAUGAACAGCUGGCGGUAUUGCAACUUGAAAGGAUCCAACAAGCCGGGUUUGAAAUUAGUCAGCAAGAACAAAAACUAGCAAGAAAAAUUGCAGAUUCAUCUCAGCUUUCCACCAUUGCCAAGGAGCAAAAUCUGGUAAAAAAUAUUAUUGGUCGCCCGGUUGCUGUAAGAAGAAAAGAGAAGUCGCAGGAGCUUUUGCAGAAAUUCAAAAUGAUUCAAGAAGGACCUCCGGUUCGGCGAGGUGGAAAUAGUCUUGAAGAUCUGGAACUGAUUACUGAUGCACUCAAGGACUUGGGUAGGAAAGAGGAAGUUGGUCAAUCCUGGACGGAAUUUGAUGAUAGGUUGAUCAACGCCUUAGAGACUGAAGUUAAUAAAGUAGGGAAAGAAGAACUUCAGCUCCAACAAAUUGUGGAAAUUCUCAGAAACCAGAAGGCUUACGAUGUGUUGAAAGCAAAACCCAUGGACCAAACAACUCCAGGGAAUCUGAUAUUUCGCGAGAAAGUAAUGAAAAACACUGAAGAAUAUAAAAGUUUACAUCCAGAUGAACACAUUGAUGAGUUCACAGAAGAGGAUAUGCAAGAGGUGAAACAAUUAGCAAAGCAGUAUUAUCGGAUGAAAGAUCGGCUGUGGGAACCAACAAACAUGCAUGCCUUUAAAAUGACUUGGAGACAUUUUAAAGAAAAACUUCAAACCAAAGAGGGACUUCUACUUAAAUGGAUGUCAUUAAAUGAAGAAAAAUUGGGACAUUCAGGAGUUGGUCAAGAGAUGGUUGAAUCAAGGGAGGAGAUUGUGCUUCGAUGGCUUAAAAAAACUCAUGAGGAAAAAGGUUUAGAUACCAGUCAGGAGAAAAUCAGAAGCAAGUUGUUGAAUGGAAACCCAAAAUUCAAUGUUUGAGAAAAGUUGUUGGAAUCAUCUGAGAAGAAAUUACAGUCCCUUAUUGACAAAAAGGCAAUUGAU